GUGAAUGGCGCCACCAGUAAAAACCUGCCUGCGGUGCAGACUGUAGGUCCAAUGCCUGAAGACACCAUGGAGAACAUGAGUAUCACCACUAAGUUGGAGCGUGCCCUGGAGAAGGUGGCCCCCUUACUGAGAGAGAUUUUUGUGGACUUUGCACCCUUCCUGAGCCGCACUCUGCUGGGUAGCCAUGGCCAGGAACUUCUUAUAGAAGGUCUGGUGUGUAUGAAGUCCAGCACAUCUGUGGUGGAGCUAGUCAUGCUUCUUUGCUCUCAGGAAUGGCAGAACUCCAUCCAGAAGAACGCGGGUCUGGCUUUCAUUGAGCUUAUCAACGAAGGAAGACUCCUGUGUCAUGCCAUGAAGGACCACAUUGUGCGUGUGGCAAAUGAAGCUGAGUUUAUCCUGAACCGCCAGCGAGCCGAAGAUGUCCACAAGCACGCUGAAUUUGAGUCGAACUGUGCGCAGUACGCUGCAGACCGGAGAGAAGAGGAGAAGAUGUGCGAUCACCUCAUCAGCGCCGCCAAACACCGCGACCACGUCACCGCCAACCAGCUGAAGCAGAAAAUCGUCAACAUCCUCACCAACAAGCAUGGAGCCUGGGGGGCUCUCGCACACAGUCAGCUGCAUGACUUCUGGCGUCUGGACUACUGGGAGGACGACCUCAGGAGGAGGCGGAGAUUUGUCCGGAACCCCUUUGGCUCCACCCACUUGGACAUCAUGUGCAAACCACUAGAGGACUAUGGCCGUGAGGAAGAGGAUGUUGUAAAGGGGAAGAAGAGUUUCCGCAGCCAGGCCGUGGUCAGCCAGAACCCAGAGGCCGAGCUGAUGCUGGAGGGCGAGGAUGAUGCUGUUAGCCUGCUGCAGGACAAAGACAUGGACAACCUGGCAGGCCCGGUGGUCCUCAGUACCCCUGCCCAGCUGGUGGCCCCUGUGCUGGCGGCCCGGGGGACCCUCUCCAUCACCACCACGGAAAUCUACUUCGAGGUGGACGAGGAAGACCCGGCCUUCAAGCGCCUGGACCCCAGAGUGCUGGCCUACACUGAAGGGCUUCAUGGGAAGUGGAUGUUCAGUGAGAUCCGAGCAGUAUUUGCCCGACGCUACCUGCUCCAGAACACAGCGCUGGAGGUUUUCAUGGCCAACAGAACCUCAGUGAUGUUCAACUUCCCCGAUCAGCCCACAGUGAAGAAAGUGGUCUACAGCUUGCCUCGUGUGGGUGUAGGCACAAGCUAUGGUCUCCCCCAGGCUAGGCGGAUCUCUCUGGCCACGCCACGGCAGCUUUUCAAAUCCUCCAACAUGACCCAGCGCUGGCAGAGAAGAGAAAUCUCCAACUUCGAGUACCUGAUGUUCCUCAAUACCAUCGCAGGACGGACAUACAAUGACCUCAACCAGUAUCCUGUCUUCCCCUGGGUCCUCACCAACUAUGAGUCAGAGGAGCUGGACCUUACAGUGCCGGGCAACUUCAGAGACUUGUCCAAGCCAAUCGGAGCUCUUAACCCAAAGCGGGCAGUUUUCUAUGCAGAGCGCUAUGAAUCGUGGGAUGAGGAGACUCCGCCCUGCCACUACACCACUCACUACUCCACUGCAGCCUCCAUCCUCCACUGGCUGGUCAGAAUAGAGCCCUUUACCACCUGCUUUCUCAGCACCAAUGGCAACAAGUUUGAUCACGCCAACCAUACCUUCUCUGGUAUCACACGCUCGUGGAGGCACUGCCAGCGGGACACCUCAGAUGUGAAGGAGUUAAUCCCAGAGUUCUACUACCUGCCAGAGAUGUUUGUGAACAGUAACGGUUACUGUUUGGGGGACAGGGAUGAUGGCACCCCCGUGUGUGAUGUGGAGCUGCCUGCUUGGGCCAAAACACCUGAGGACUUUGUUCGGAUCAAUAGAAUGGCUCUGGAGAGUGAGUUUGUGUCGUGUCAGCUGCACCAGUGGAUUGACCUUAUUUUCGGCUACAAGCAGCGCGGGCCCGAGGCCGUGCGUGCCCUCAACGUCUUUCACCACCUGACCUACGAGGGCUCCGUCAACCUCGACAGCCUCACCGCUGACCCCCUGCUGCGCGAGGCCAUGGAGGCUCAGAUCCAGACUGUUGGACAGACGCCAUCUCAGUUGCUCAUCGAGCCCCAUCCUCCUCGCAGCUCCGCCAUGCACCUGUGUUUCCUUCCACAGAGUCCCCUCAUGUUUAAGGAGCAGAUGCAGCAGGACGUGAUCAUGGUCUUGAAGUUUCCCUCCAACUCCCCAGUUACCCAUGUGGCCGCCAACACGUUGCCCCACCUAGCCCUUCCAGCCGUCGUCACGGUAACCUGCAGCCGGCUCUUUGCCGUCAACCGCUGGCACAACACUGUGGGUCUACGAGGAGCUCCAGGAUACUCAUUAGAACAAGCCCAUCAUCUGCCUAUUGAAAUGGACUCUCUGAUUGCCAACAAUGCAGGGACAAACAAGAGGCAGAUCACAGACCUGGUGGAUCAGAGCAUCCAGAUUAACUCACAGUGUUUCGUGGUAACAGCAGACAACCGUUACAUUCUGGUCUGUGGCUUCUGGGACAAGAGUUUCCGCGUCUACUCCUCAGAAACUGGCAAGUUGACACAGAUCGUGUUUGGCCACUGGGAUGUCGUCACGUGCUUGGCGCGUUCUGAGUCAUACAUCGGGGGCGACUGCUACAUUGUGUCUGGAUCUAGAGAUGCUACGUUACUGCUGUGGUACUGGAGUGGACGACACCACAUUAUAGGAGACAACCCAAACAACAGUGAUUACCCAGCACCCCGUGCGGUUCUGACAGGCCAUGACUAUGAGGUAGUGUGUGUGUCGGUGUGUGCUGAGCUUGGUCUGGUCAUCAGUGGAGCUAAAGAGGGUCCUUGUCUGGUCCACACAAUCACUGGAGACCUGCUUCGUGCUCUGGAGGGGCCGGACAACUGCACUCUUCCUCGCCUCAUCUCUGUGUCCAGCGAGGGCCACUGCAUCAUCUGCUACGAGAGGGGCCAAUUCUGCAACUUCAGCAUCAACGGCAAACUGCUCGCUCAGAUGGAGAUAAACGACUCCACACGUGCUAUCCUCCUGAGCAGUGAUGGUCAGACGCUGGUGACUGGAGGGGAUAAUGGAGUGGUAGAGGUGUGGCAGGCCUGUGAUUUCAAACAGCUGUAUAUCUACCCUGGCUGUGACGCCGGCAUUCGGGCCAUGGACCUGUCACAUGAUCAAAGGACUUUGAUCACUGGUAUGGCGUCUGGUAGCAUUGUAGCAUUCAACAUUGACUUCAACCGCUGGCAUUUCGAGCAUCAGAACAGGUACUGAGUGCCCUCUGUAGACAACAGGAUGUCCUCGCGAUGGACCCUCCAAUACAGGAGCCAACAGAACUACCAGCAGCACCUCCAAGCUGAACAUAUCGAAGAAGGGGGGAAAAGACAAAUGGAGGGACCUUCAUUUUCCAGCAUUUCCUUGAAAAACAGAACAUCUUUAUGUACGAACCCUUUGUGCUCUGGCAUGUCCCAGUCUUCUACAGUACUGUAUUAAGACACUAUAUGCUGAUACAGCUAAUAAUGCUGUAUUAUUGUGCUAAGACAAUGUCAGCCUAGUCCUGAAAAGGUACAUAAACAUAGAACCAAGACCCAGAAACCCUUUUACACAAGCAGUUUUAUUUGAGUUUUGUCCAAGCCGACAAUAAGCUGAUGCAUACCCAUCAUUUUUGAUUGUUGACGCAUAAUUUAAACUGUGAAAAUAUUCUGCACAGAGGAAAAAAGCUAAGUGUUUCUAGUGUACAUUUGUACAUGCUAGCAGCAUAUCACCUUCUUGAGAAUUAUUUUCAGGGUAAUAAUGGUUGAUGUAAAUACUGAUAACGUUAAAAUAUAUUACUUGAAAAAGGUAAGCUUACUGAAUAAAGUCUCUAAAAUAUGUUUGUUAAACUCAUAAAACUGUCUGUGAGGGCAAGGAAACUGUCUGUCUACUAGUGUUUCAUGAUUUUAUCAAAUCGUUUUUAAUGUGUUGUGAAAAAAAUAAGCCCCAGUGUUUCCUGUAAAAUGUACUGUAAGCCAUUUCUCUCUUUAAUUCAUAGUGACUUCAUUGUAAACUUGUUUUAUUCGAAAGCAAUGUUCUGAAAUGUGAGUUUUAUCUGCAUCUUUUACCAGCUUUUGCUUUUUUUCCCUCCAUUUUUAAUCAAUACUGUCCAUGCAGGUAUUAAGGAAUGUAAUAACGAGCCCUUAUCUAACAUGAUCUGUAAGAUAUGAAUAUAAUCAUUGCCCACUUUGCACCCUCACAAUGCAUUUCAACCCUGCUUUUACAAAUGUUCUCUUUAGUCUGGAGUAGGGAUGCAAAUUCUCUUGACCGAUAACCGACCGUCAUUGGUCACUAAUUAAUGGUUGACUGGCAAGCUUAAAAUCAAGGAUGCGACUCAUCUUUAUAUGCAUAGUUCCUCUUCUGAAAUCUGGUUGAUUUGGCAUUUAAAUCCAUUGUUAAAUACUUCUGAGCACACACAUCAACUGAAUUCUGUAUUAAUGCAGUGAGAUCAGUGUUUCUUUACGGAUCGUGGAACGUACUGAUAGAAAGGGUCAGGCAUCAGCUUGUAUAUGAAGUAACAGUCCAAAAAGUAUUAAAAGGGCAAUUCAUCAAAGUUUCUUUGUAGAUUUCUUUUUUUUUUUAACAGAGAUUGUGAUGUCUACAACUCCAAUA